UGUAUGAAAGCAGUGGACAAUUUAGUUUAGAACUUAUUUUAGGAAAAAUUUCAAAUGGCCUAUUUAAUCGAUCCUCUCAGACUCAAGUACAUAUAAAAGAAGACAGAGAAAAGUUAUCAAAAUGUGAAAAAGAUGCAAUAGAUUUUAUAAUUAAUAAUUAUGCCAAAUCACAUAAUUAUGAUUCAAAUUUAAGACUUAUAAAAAUGAUAUUCAAUGAGAAUUUGGAUAAAGUUUAUUUUAGCAAUUAUGGCAGUGAGGAUAAAAAUUAUCUUAGCAAUUACGGCAGUAAGAAUAAUGAUAAUAAUGAAGAAAAGGACUUUUAUAGUGAUGAAAGGGAGGAAGAACAUAAAGAAAUUAGUAAUAGAAUGUUUACAUUUAUUCCAACAUAUAAUAUGCCUAGAUCAUCUAUUAAUCAUAACUAA